CCCAUUGGCUGAGCGCUGCUGGGCGUGGUGCCUCCCCCGGCGGUGAUUGGCGGGCCCGGCGCGCGGGCGCCGCGCGGGGUCAGGAUGGCGGCGCCGGCUCGGCGGAGCGUGGUGUUCGUAACGGGCAACGCUAAGAAGCUGGAGGAGGUCACUCAGAUUCUCGGGGACUCCUCUCCCUACGCGCUGGUGGCGAAGAAAAUUGACCUGCCGGAGUACCAGGGGGAACCGGACGAGAUCUCCGUGCAGAAGUGCCGCGAAGCCGCCCGGCAGGUUCGGGGACCUGUUAUAGUAGAGGAUACCUGCUUGUGCUUCAAUGCCCUGGGAGGUCUUCCAGGACCAUACAUAAAAUGGUUCCUGGAAAAACUCAAACCAGAAGGCCUGUACAAGCUGCUGGCUGGAUUUGAAGACAAAUCUGCCUACGCUCUCUGUACCUUUGCAUUCAGUACUGGAAACCCAGAGGAGCCCGUGAAGCUGUUCAAAGGCCAGACUCAUGGGCUGAUAGUGGAGCCCAGAGGUCCUCGAGAUUUUGGCUGGGAUCCCUGCUUUCAGCCAGACGGCUACAACCAGACCUACGCAGAGCUGCCCAAGGCAGUGAAGAACUCGAUCUCACACCGUUACAGAGCGCUGAGCCAGCUCUCUGCCUUUCUCCAGAGCAACUCAACAGAGCCUGGCUCCAUGCCCAGCUAGCCACCCCAGGGUACGGGUACCCUCUGUUGUCCCUGUCACAUGCUGCCCCGGGAGAGCUCUGCUCUGCUGCGGGCUGCCAUUAAAGCUGCUCCUUCACCGGUA